GCCCCAGUGUGAUUGGUCGUGUGGACGCCGCUGUGCUUUAAAACCCCCUCACCAGCUCUAUGUGGGGGUAAAACACAUGCACAUACACACACAGACACACACUCACUGCACUCCUUCAUCAUCAUCAUCAUCAUCACCAUCAUCAUGGUGUGUGAUGUUCAGGUCUAAAACUGGGAUCCGUAAAACACGAGAGCAAACACACAGCCGUUUGAGGAGAGACGCAGCGCUGCGAGGGAACCGGCCUGCAGGCUGAUCUCCGCGCCAUGCAGCAUUACGGGGUGAACGGUGGAUACUCUCUCCACGCCAUGAACUCCCUGAGCGCCAUGUACAACCUGCAUCAGCAGAGCGCGCAGCACGCGCCCGACUACCGGCCCUCCGUGCACGCGCUCACGCUCGCGGAGAGACUGGCCGACAUCAUCUUGGAGGCGAGGUACGGCUCUCAGCACAGGAAGCAGCGGCGGAGUCGCACGGCCUUCACCGCUCAGCAGCUGGAGGCGCUCGAGAAAACCUUCCAGAAAACACACUACCCCGAUGUAGUGAUGAGGGAACGGCUAGCAAUGUGCACCAACCUGCCUGAGGCUCGAGUACAGGUUUGGUUUAAGAACAGACGAGCGAAGUUCCGUAAGAAGCAGCGCAGUCUGCAGAAAGAGCAGCUCCAGAAGCAGAAGGAGGCGGAGUCCGAAGGAAACCAGGAAGCAGACAAUAAAGAAGAAGCACCGCCCACAAGAACACCUCAAACUCCACCUUCACCUUCAGACGGGACCCGAGUCACGCUUCCGCCUCCGGAUGAGCUGAGCGAGGAAGUGAACGUUACGUCACCUGAGCACUCGGGGGCGGAGUCAGGAGCAGAGGAUAUGACUGACAGAGAGGACGAGCCACCAUCAUUCAGAGAGGAGGUGAAAGGGGCGGGGCCAGCGUUGACAGGUGGCACAACACCACCAUGCAAACCACUCAGUCCUAAAUCAGAUUCUCCUCUCGCCUCGCCGUCUCUGUCGUCCUCCAGCGUUCUGGGCAGCGGUUUAGUCCAGACCAACUCCUACGCUUCGUCUCCUCUCAGUCUCUUCCGUCUACAGGAGCAGUUUCGCCAGCACAUGGCUGCCACAAACAACCUAAUGCACUACACGCCCUUCGACAUGGCUACCCCUUCCCCUUCCUCCUCCUCCUCCACCUCGUCUUCUUUAGCCUACCUGGGCAUGAACAUGAACAUGAACGUGAACAUGGGCAUGAAUAUGGCGUCUCCGCUCGGCCCGCUGCAGUGCCAGUCUUAUUACCAGUCUCUGUCUCAGCAGGUGUGGAGCAGCUUAAACAGCAAGACGAGCAGCAUCGAGAACCUGCGCUUCAGGGCCAAGCAGCAUGCAGCCUCGCUUGGAUUGGACACGCUGCCCAACUGACCUCAGAACUGACCUCAGAACUGACCUCAGAACAGCUGAGAUAUACAUAUAUACCAGAAAUGGAUUGGACUUUACCUCCAUCCUCAUAAAUAAUGACGCUGUGUAUAUUUAAACAAGAUGAAACACAGAGAAGAAGGACAAACAGAGAAAUGGCUUCACUAGGUUUGCCGUCAACUGAAAACAAUGGAAAUAUUAUAUCAGAUAUGCAUUUUUGCCAAUCCAUACAAACCUCAGACAAAAAAGUGAGACCUCAAAAGCCAAUCUCUCGCAUCCAUUCAGCUGUGUAAAUACACCAGUGUUGCAAUUCCUCAUGUUUCCAGUACUGCAUUUCCACUGAAUUCUGCUUUAGACAUAAAUGACUUGUGCAUCAAUGCUAAAUGUUAGUGUUAUAGCCACCUUAAAACCAAGCAUAUAGGUCAUCCUCUCAGUCCAGAUAAAAAGUGUUGUGCAAAAUGAUUACCACUUAUGAUAAUAAACAAAAAAUUAUGAAAAAAAAAAAUAUAUAUAUAUAUACACACACACACAAAAGUGUGUCCCAUUGACUUCCAUUUAUUUUAGCCAAAUUUAUUUCGCCUCAGGCUGCAUGGCACCAUCCUGUUGUUAAUUAUUUUCCUAUAAUAGCAUAUCCCCAGGUGUGGAUAUGCUAUUAUAUUCAUUCCUUAAUGAAAAUCUAACUAAAUGCUAUCCAAUUUUUUAAUUAAUUGAGUAAUACAAGCUAACAUUUUCGACUCACUGUAUAUCACUGAACUUACGUUAGGUAUUAAUGCAAGGAAAUGUCAGCAUUUUCAUUCUACAAACAAUGAUUGCGCAAUUAUUUACAUCCAUUACAUAACACUGUAGUCAGCGGCAUGGCCUCAUGCCACGUCUUGAUCUCUAAUGCAGUGCUUCUCAAAACUUUUGCAUUCAGGGACCUCUUUAGCUUUUAAACUUUCAUAGACAAAUUUUUUUUAAAAAUCACCGACCCUUUGCCUAUGCUUCAUAGACUCCUGGGGAUCCCUGGACCGCACUUAAAGAAUGAUGACUCUAAUAUGUAUGUGGAUUUCAUUAACAUAGACUUCAUCUCUUCAUGAAUUCUUCCAGACCAACCUACAGGGCACUGAGGCUUCAGAAACGAUGUGAAUGUGUCACAGUGAAUGACUCAUGUAAAUACACCACAGUUUGUUUAGGAUGAUGGUCAUUGAUGCUAAAGGGAUUCACGGCAUAUAUAUUUAAAAAAAAAAAAAUUAAACUCUAAAACGUUCUGCUGUCGUGUUGCAUAGAUAUUGCUGUCUGGGACUUUUCUCUGGAUUGUUUAUGUAAAUGUGAAUAACUUAUCUGUGAAAUGCAAGAGAAUAAACAUUA